UCUGCGACAUCCCCCCGCGUGGGCUCAAGAUGUCCGCCACCUUCAUAGGGAACAGCACGGCCAUCCAGGAGCUCUUCAAGAGGAUCUCGGAGCAGUUCACGGCCAUGUUCCGGCGCAAGGCCUUCUUGCACUGGUACACGGGCGAGGGCAUGGAUGAGAUGGAGUUCACGGAGGCAGAGAGCAACAUGAAUGACCUGGUCUCGGAGUACCAGCAGUACCAGGAUGCCACUGCUGAUGAGCAGGGUGAAUUUGAAGAGGAAGGAGAGGAGGAUGAGGCAUGAAGUCGAAAUGGGUAGAAGUCAAGUGUAGUCUGAGCAGGCAAGUGUUCAUUGAGAGGAUAAAUCUGUGCAGUUGUGCUGAAGCAUGCGUUUCUUAAUUUGGUGCUCUCCACUGUUGCUUUUGUCAGCAGUUUUGUAUCCUCGACUGUCCAAUGUAACAGUAGUUGCAAAAAUACUUCAGAGUCUUCUGUUGAAAUGGUUAACUCCUCAAACAUAAAGGCUUUUUGUGUUCUAAA